UGCACGCAUCUCCCUCUCCGCGCUCACCUCACGCACAGCCGCGCAGCGCUCGCUCCCCAUGGCCGACGAUCCGUGGGCCGAUCCGGCGCCAGCACUACACGCCGGCCCCACUCCGGCGCCGCCGCGCGAUCCGUCGCGUCUCUUUGACGACGGCCUUGAUGCCUGGGGCAGCGCCGACGACGAGGCCCCGGCUGCGUCAUCCACGGCCGCCGCAGACAGCACACUCGCCGUCACAGACGACGCCGCGCCCGCUGUAGGCCAGCUUUCGUCGGCCUCGUCGGCGCGCGGCGAUGCCGAGCUCGACGAGUUUGCCUCGGCCGCUCCGUCGCCGACCACUGAGGCCGCGCAGCUGCCCGACGCGCCAGCGGCAGAUGGCUUUGACGCUGGCGCUGGCGGAGCAGACGACGACUUUGAUGGCUUUGGAGACGUCGCCGGUCCUUCCUCGGGAGCGGUGAAUGGCGACGCCGACGACGACUUCGGUGACUUUGGUGACUUCGACGAGGGUGCUCCGGCGUUUGUAGAGCAAGAAGCGGCGCCUCUGCCCGCAGCCCAGCCGCCGGCAGAUGCCAGCUUGACGCCACUGCAAGUGACGUCCGCCUCGACCGCUUCAGAUCUCGCCGCGCAGAUCAGGAGCAUCCUGUCGCCGCCCAUUCCGUCUGAGCAAGGCUCAGCGUACCCUUACCACGAUGGAGCAGCAGCCGCUCUCGGUACAGAACGGAUACGGGAAGGCCACACUGUGCGCAGCGGACGGAACCAAGCCAUGUUCGACAUGCUCACCGUCGUGCCGAAGCUGCGGCCCGUCGACUAUCAGCGGUCGACGACGCGGCGAUCGCAUCUCAUUGCGCUCGGCGUGCCGAUCAACCUCGAGGAGUUCGCGGCUCCAUCUUCUCGCGCCCGCGCACUGCCGCCGCUGGCGCUCACGCUCGACAAUGGGCGGCCAGCCGCGGGACCCUCGUCCGCCCCUGCUGGCGGCCAGCUUGGGGGUCCAGGCGCAGGCAAGGGCCCCGGCGAGAGCUCUCUUGCCACGCCGCGGAGCGCCAGCCCGGCGUCAGGGCUCAAGCGGGAGCGGAUGGCUGCACACCGAAGGGAGGAGCUCGGACUGGGGCCUGCUCCGCAGCUCGAUGUUGCGCGAGCGGAGGAGCUGGUCGCGCUUACCGAGGAUCAACUCACGUUGCAGUCGCUGCCGUAUCUGCGAUCCGUGCAGGCCGAGCUCAACGCGCUCACCGAGUCAGCGAGCCUGCUGCUCACGCACCACCUCACGCUGCGCGAGUCGCACGCCGCCGACUCGGAGAUGUACAACGGCCUCAUCCGCGAUCUCGUCGCCGGCGCCGCAAGUCGCCUGGCCGGCGCUGGCUCGGGACGCGAUCGGCGACACACGAGCAUGAGCGCGCAGCGCAAGUCGUCUGUGCGCCGGCCUGCGAGCGGCGCGCCGCAGAGCGGCCGCAACAGUCCGGCGCUGGCGGAGGCGAGCCCACGGCGAUGACGGCGACAGACAUGCAAGCAUUUCAUCCAGCUCAGCG